UCCAAGCCCGGCCCGCUGCUAUGGAAACGGGCAGCCCGGAGGAGCGGGACGGAGGGGACCAGCGGCGGCAGGAGGGCGGGGACGCCCCUCCCGACGGCGCCGACGGCUCGGUGGUGGCGGCGGAGCUGCAGCAGCCGCCCCCCGGCAAGCUGAGGAAAACGGCCUUCAAGCUGUUCGGGGGCAAGCGGAGCAUCUGCACCCUGCCCAGCUUCUUCGGCGGCCGCGGCAAGAAGGGGCUCAGCAAGUGCAAGACCCACGACGGGCUGAGCGGGGCUGCCUGCGACAAGGGCACGCAGCCCGACAGCCCCUCGCAGCCCGGCCCCCUGCCCAUCUCCCGCAGCGCCCAGCUGCCCGUGGACACCGGCUCCAGGGGGGAGCUGGGCCAGCAGGACGGCUCUCCCCCCGGCAGCAUCGAGGGCUGCGACAAAAAGCUCAACGGGGAGAAAUCCUCUUUCCCCAGGCCCAAAAAAGGGCUGAAAGGGUUUUUUAACAGCAUCCGGCGCCACCGGAAGAGCAAGGCUGCCGAGAGUGAGAAGGCAGAGCUCCCCGAGUGGAAUGGGGACGCGGAGGAGGCCGGGAAUGCUCCUGGAAUGGGAGUGGAGAGCCAAGGGGCCGUGGAGAGUACGGGAGCAGGGCCGGUCCCUGAGGCCACGGUGUGCCCGGGGGGUGACUCCAGCUGUGGGGAAGCCACUGAGCCCACGGGCCCCGCGGCUGAUGGAGGCAGCUCCGAGGGUGACACGAUGGCCGUGCCAGGGAGCGGCGACGUUCCGGAUGCGAAAUCAGAGGCCGAGGCUGCUGUCUGCACCGAGUUUGACCGUGAGAGUUUGCUGCUGGCCUUCCACCCUGACUUCAUGGACAACGAGCCUCCCUGCCUGCACUCCGGGGACCUGCUGAGCCUCAUGCUGGGGGACGUCACCUCCCUGAAGAGCUUCGACUCCCUGACGGGCUGCGGGGACGACAUCGCCGAGCCCGACAUCGCCGAGAGCAGCGUCUCGGUGGAGCGCAGCCGCGAUGCCGCCAAACGCAGCUCCUGCCUCGUCACCUACCAGGGCGGCGGCGAGGAGAUGGCCAUCCCUGAGGAGGCCGAGGAGUACCUGCACCAGGUGUGGGACAGCAGCAUGCCGAGGGACGGCGGCUACGGGGCCCAGGUGUCCAGCAGCAGCCUGGAGACGCACGCCUCUCACGAGGCCGACGCUCACCCUUACGUGGGGGACGCCAUGGACGGCGUCGACCUCCUGACGCCCCAGAGCGACCAGCAGGAGUCUGCCCCGAACAGUGACGAGGGGUAUUACGACUCCACCACUCCGGGGCCGGAGGAUGAGGCUGGCGAGGAGCUCAAGAAGGACCGACUGCCCCGGGACAGCUACAGCGGCGAUGCACUUUACGAGUUUGAUGCCCUGAUGAGCCCCUCUCACGGGGAGGAAUCCCUGUUCGAGGGCAAAGUCCCGCGCCAGGGCAUCUUCAGCUACUUCAUGGACUUCUGCCUCCCUGCAGAGAAGAGCCUGAUCCAGCAGAUGAUGGAUCAGAAAAGAGGGCUGAUGGAAACUGAAGAAGAGGGGCUUGCAGCCAUUCAGAAAGAGCUGCUCUACUGGGAGCUGCAGAGGGAGCCGGUGCUGAAACGCCUGGAUGUGUCCGGCAAGGAGAAGUGUCCCCGGGAAAAGCAGUGCAUUGAAUGUAAAAGCAGAGCAGGCAGCUCCAUUGGCAAGAGUCAGAGUGGCCUUGGGAGUGAGCAGGUGGCCUCACAUACCCCGAGCCGGGCUGUCAACGGUGGAGUUGCAGUGGCUAGGGCUGAAAAUCCAGAGUGGAGGGAUUUUCCAGGGACUCUGUGUCCGGAAGACUGUUACAACGGCCAAAAAGCCCCUGGAAGUUGCCUUAUUCAGCUCACAAAGAGCAACCCGGGGUUCAAUGCAGACCUGGACUGUGGGAUGUUUGGGGACUCCAUCCACGGCAGUGUGGCCCCAGCCAAGGCAGGGAUGUUCCCUGGGUUCGGGCUCCCGGAGCAGGAGUGCGGCGGGGCAGAGCCCGCCCCCGGCGAGCCCCAGGUGGGCGGCGAGCCCGAGCACGCCGUGAGCUUCUCGCAGGCUCUGGUGGAGUUCGCCAGCAGCGGGACCCUCUUCUCCAGCCUGUCCGAGAGCCUGGGGAGCUCGGCCUCCAGCUCGUCCUUCACCCAGAACCUCCCCGCCCUCCCCACCAUGGUCACCUUCGACGUGGUGGAUGUGGAGCAGGACGGGGAAGGGGAGUGCGAGCAGCGCCCGGAGCUGACGGCGGGUGAGGACAUCGCCGAGGCCUUUGAUGACGGCUAUGGACAGAAAGAGUCGUUGGCUGAAUGUGACGAGAGAAUGUCCCCGGGCUUCUCCCCGGGCUCCUUCCAGAGCUGCAGCUGGGGGGUGGCCAGCCUGCCCCGCCACCUGCGCCUGCACGGGCUGAGCCCCGCCAUGCCCGCGCCGCUCUCCGUGGACCGCAGGAGCCGCUCGCUCGACACCGAGAGCCUGGAGUUCGAGCUGGCCGAGCCGCAGGGCGCCCGGGGCGGCCCCCAGCCCUGCCAGCUCCGGGCCAGGCGCGAAGCCGGCAGGAGGGACUCUGCUGGAGCCAGGAGAAGCAGGAGCAAGGAGGAGGGCGAGCUGGUGGCUCCCGAGGGUGGCUCGAGCUGGCCGGGCCUGCGGCACCUCCGGCACGGCACGGACGCGGCUCCCGGCGGGAUGGAGCUCUGGGGCUUCGCUCCAGCCGGCGCCGUGGAGAGCGUCUGGGAGCCAGCGGAGCCGCCGGACGCCGUGUCCCCUUUCCUGCCUCUCUCCCGGGGUGGCAUCGGGGAGGCUCCGGAGAGGCGGCCCCAAGAGGCAGAGCUGAGCAGGCACCCGCUCCGGCCCUCCAACCUCCCCCUGCAGCCCGAGGCGAGGCGGGCCCGGGAGGCGGCCGCGUCCUACCGGUACCACGGGGACGUCCCCAAGCUGUCCCGCUUGUUACCCCUGGGGGAGGCGGAGCUGCCCCCGAGCUUUGGCUUCUCCCGCUCCCCGGAGCACCGCGCCAGGGGCAAACCCGUGGGCAUCGCCCAGGGCGUGCCGCAGCAUCCCGGGGACAGCGGCGGGGACACCGAGAGCCCGGAGCCCCUCAAGGGCAGGGCCAGCCCGGGGCACGGCGCCUGCCGUGGCACCCUUUGCAAUGUCACCGACGCUGAGUAGCUGCAGGAAUGUCACCGUGUCACCAGGUCAAGGGGCUGCAGGAAUGUCACCGUGUCACCGAGGCUGAGUACAGGAAUGUCACCUUUUCACCCAGCUAGAGGGGCUGCAGGAAUGUCACCGUGUCACCGAGGCUGAGUGUCUGCAGGAAUGUCACCUUGUCACCCAGCUAGAGGGGCUGCAGGAAUGUCACCUUGUCACCGAGGCUGAGUGUCUACAGGAAUGUCACCGUGUCACCCAGCUGAGGGGCUGCAGGAAUGUCACCAUGUCACCGAGGCUGAGUGUCUACAGGAAUGUCACCGUGUCACCCAGCUAGAGGGGCUGCAGGAAUGUCACCUUGUCACCCAGCUGAGGGGCUGCAGGAAUGUCACCGUGUCACCAAGGCUGAGUGUCUACGGGAAUGUCACCGUGUCACCGAGGCUGAGUGUCUACAGGAAUGUCACCUUGUCACCCAGCUGAGGGGCUGCAGGAAUGUCACCUUUUCACCCAGCUAGAGGGGCUGCAGGAAUGUCACCUUGUCACCGAGGCUGAGUACCUGCAAGAAUGUCACCGUGUCACCAAGCCAAGGGGCUGCAGGAAUGUCACCAUGUCACCAUGCUGUACUGAGCAGGGGUGAAAGGGGGGCAAGGGAGGGAGAAAACCGGGAGCAGUUUGGGGGGAGCUUGAAUGUGAGUUUGAGCUGGGCUGGUGCUCCUCUCCUGCAGCCAUCCGUGGCCUUGCCCCCGUGGAUGCUCCAGAGGGGUUUGGAGCUGCCUCCAGGAUUCCUUCAUCACCACUGAGGCACCUUCUGCUUUUCCAGCCCUCUCCAACACCAAGUGCAGCAGCAGCCCCUGGCAGAAGCUGGGGAUGGACCCGUUGCUGGUGUGGCAGGUUGGGGUUUGUGCAGGACUGGGAGAACAGGCCUUGGGCAGACUUUUGAGGGAAAUGGAGCUGUUUUCCUCUUCUGGGUGAAAGGUUUUGGUUCAAACUCACUUUGAAUGUCUUCCACCCCGGGCUCAGUGUGGGGAGCUGGGAGGAAGGGUUGUUCCAGAGCGAGGAUGGGGUGAGGCAGCUGGAAAGGGGAACUUUGCAGCAACAUUUUUAUUUAUUUUGUUUGUCCUUGCCCCGAAGGAAAGCAGGAGCUUUUGUGUGCGUGCCGAUAAUGUUCUCCAGGUCUGCUUUCAGUUUGAAAGAUGUGCUGUCCAUGGUGUCCCUUUGAAGAACAAAGUGUUGGUCCCUUCUUUGUUGUGGUCUGUCUUCACGGUGCAGAAUUCCUGGUGGAAUUUUUCCAUGCUUUGUCCCAUCCUCCUGGCCUCUCCAGGGCCAUGGGGACAGGGAUGAGGCCUUUGAAAUAAGCUAAAUUUGCAUCGUGCCUGUAGCUGUGAAGUGGCAGAUGCUGUUUCUUUCUCAACAGGAAGCUUUGUGGCUUUUUAAUUUAAUUUUAUUAUUUUACGGUUGUUUUCUUUGCAUAAACCCACAGGAGGAAAGUUUUGUGUUCCUUGGAAUUUGGGAUGGACCGCAGCUACAUUGGGCUUCACUCCUCCUGACUGGAGGGAACAAAAAAGCUGGAAGCUGCUGGAGAUUUGGGAUAUUUUGCCUCUUUGAAGGAAUGUGGAGGAGGGUCACAGGUUGAGGGGAACAGACUUUGGGGGGUGCUGUGAGCUCCUGUGACGUCUGUUCCAGGCUCCUGGUCCCCUCCAUGAUCCCAAACCCCCUCAGCUCUGAUCCAAACCCCCAAUCCAUGACACAAAGCUGCUUCCCUGUCCUGCCCGAGCUGUGUUCUGAUUUAAUUCCAGCACCAGUGAUUUUUGUUUUCCCCCACCUCAUUGCCAUUUUUCUUUGCAGCAGAGUUUGUAGCAUUUGAAAAAAUAAUCCCAAAGUGGAAAUAGCGGAGUUUUACCACAUUUGUGGAGUGAGGGAUGGCUCUGCCUGGGCCAGGCUCAAUUUUCCUGCUGGGUCCUGCCCUGCUGGGUCACCCUCCUGCUGCUCUCCUGCUCCACGAGGAUGUGGCUCCAUCAGCUGCUCCCUGCCAUCCCUGGAUUUCCAGGCACAAGGAGCUGGUUUGGGUUUGAUGGGGUUUUUUUCCCCCCAAGCAAAAUGAGGUCUGGAUAUUCCUUUUGAGAAGAGAUUCCUUCUGCCCUGUCCUUGGAUAUCCGGGAAGGAGCAGGGAGAGGCAGGGCCAGUCUGUGUGUGAUGUGAUUUUCCUGCCGAGGCAGAGCAGAUCCAUCUGUGCAUCCGCGGGCUCAGACCUGAAUUUUCCAUUUUUUCCUGCCAGCCCUGCUGCAGGGAGUUCCACAGGAGCCUGCUGUGCCACGGUUCUUUUCCCUGGUCCCUCUGGGACGCACCUGGCUCUUGGUGCCGCUGUCGCACCCAGAGAGGAGAAUGUGGUGAGCCAGGGGAAGGUGCCCUCGCUGGCAGGCCGUCUCCUCUCAUUAGCACAGCUGCUAAUGAAUAUCCCUCCCUGGAGCAAGGACAGGGACAGCUCUGUGCCCAUCUUUGCCCGCCCCCAGCACACAACCCACGGGCACACCCUGCUGGGGACACCGCAGGGACACUGUCACCCGCUGGCGCCCCUGGCUGGCUUUAAUCCCCGUUUUAUUCCCUUUCAGCGUCUCGCCAAAGGCAUCUCGGGGGUUCCGGGCUCUGGAGCUUUGUUCAGCCAAAGUCCUGCUGAGGGCUGGGAAUGUCUCGGUGCUAAAUGAAUGUUCCAAGGCGUCCGUAGGAUCCUGGGCUUGGGUGUAGGUACGAGGUGGGGAGGGUUCCGUGGGAGCAGUACAGCCAAGGCUUGAUAAUCUGACUUUAUACCAAAGGUUUCUCCUCUUAAUUCGAUGGGAAUUCAAUGAGGCAAGUAUCUCUGGAAUUCAAUGAGUUUUCCUAACGCAGUUUAGUCACUAAUUUGCUGGAUUAUCGGCAGAUUCUGCCCCAUUAACCCAAAGAAAUUGGAAUUUCCAGUGCAGUAAUUCAGCCUGUAAAUGAUCACCGCGGUAGGGAUUAGAUUUCACUGCCUGCUGAGCCACUCUUCCCAAAAAACCCCGCACAGCUUCCAUGGGAACAAACCUGGGCUGGAGCUGGAUCAGUCCAACACUGCCUUACCCGAGGAGCUCACAUCUGGGGGUGGUCGCUGAGGCUUCUUAUGCAAAAGGGCUUCCCAACCAGAAUCCAGUCAGAAAAGUCAGGAACAGCUGAAUGUCCUGCCAAGACAUUUAGGAAAAACCUUGAGGAAUUUGCCUGUUCCUUGCAGGGAAGGCCUUGCCUGAAGGGAGGGACUGUGAUGCAACCACUGCCGUUGGGGUCAGCCUACCAAGAGGUUCUGUGUUGCGUUCUGGGGGCUCUGGGGUUUUCUUUCGUUUGUUUGUUUUUAUACACAUAAGAAAGCGGUCGAUUUUUCUCUAUUUUUGUAGAGUUUUGCAUUUUAUAAUCAUGGGGAAAUUUUACAGACUGUUCUUUUACUUGUGUGUUUUGUCUUUCCGAGUGCUGUGGUUUGCUUUUCCCAUGGAGAAAAGGCCAUUCCUGCUGCUGCUGUGCCUGGAUCUCACCCUGCUCCCUGGGAAUGUGCUGGGGCCUCUUCCCAGCCCCUCACCAACACUUUGCACACACCUGAGACGUCCUUAACCCUCCUCUCUCACACUCAGCUGUCCUUUCUUUGCUUUUCAGUGUUGUUUUUAAUCUGAAUUUGUGGAUUUUGGUGGUUUCUCCCUCCGAGUGUUGUAAAAAGCUCACAGGUUUCAGCUGAGGCUUUCCCUGCUGUCUGCUGCUGUUACUUUAUCUAAAAUUGGGGUUUUUCUUCAGUCCCUGUGCAGGAGAUGCUGUUGGCUGGUGCCUGGAAAUGCUCUUGGACAGGUUUCCUCUCCCCUUGGUGCUCCCUGGCUGGGCUGGGAGCUGGGAUUUCGCCCUGGUGCCUGAGGAUUGCUCCUUAAAUAAUCCUGGGAUUAGCAGGGUUCCCCACCUCCUCCUCCCUCCUCCAGGGAGCUCCAGCCCUGUGCUCUGCAUCACUGAAACAUCUCCCUGGAAUGACACUGCCUUGAACUUUGGGAUCAGAGGAGAGGAGAGCUGCUGGAAUGCUAAAAUCCAGCCCAAAGCAGAUUUCCCCCCCCUUUUUUCCCCCAGCAGAUGUGACAAUUGUCACUGAUUUGGCUCGGCAUAGAUUUUUUUUUUUUUUUUGGUCUUUUAAUUAAUAACUUGUCACCUAAUGGUGUUUUUAAAGUUUUUCUGGAUUGGUUUGCCCCAUUCCCCACAGGGUUGGACGGGAAGUUUUCUCAUUGAACAUUCCUGGGGCGCUCAGACCCACCUUCCACAUUCCCUCUGCCCCGGGAUUCUGGGCUCCCUCCUCUCCAGCUGGGGCUUCCUGCCCUUCUCACCCUCAUGGAGUCACCCCAGAGCUCCAUUUGGGUGCAGUGAGGAAUUCAGAUCCCAAAAAGCCUCUCAGUUGUAAGGAAAUAAGGAAUUAGCCCUUGUCCUCAGCUGCCCCAUCCCGCUGCCAGGCUGGCAGCUCCUCCCAGCUGACCAACCUGGCUGAAUUUGUUUUCUUUUUUUUUUUUUUGUUUUCUUCCUGGUCUCAUUGCUACUAGUCCUUUCAAGUUUUUAAUGUAUUGAUUGUGUUUUAAAAUGAAUGUUCCUUUCACCGAAUUCUAAUGAAUAAACUGCAGAUUUUUAGAGA